AUGCCAGUCAUGUGGCAUCUCUGGGCCGUCUCCGGUUCCGGAAAUGCCAACUUCUAUUUCGCGGUCACUCUGAUCUACAACGGCCCAG